UUGGUGAUUCGUGUUGGGAAAAAGAAAAAGAAGAGAAAAGUUGGAUUUUGUAUUGAAAGCCAGCGCAAAAGCAGAAAACGAGAGCUGUUUCUGGCGGAAACGGGCAGCCAUGAUGAAAACGAGCCGCGUCUCGUCUCUGAAAAUGGCAGAAAAUGAUAUAGAUUUGUACGCAGAUGAUAUUGACCAAGAUUUUGCACAAGACGACUUCACUGGAGAAAAUGUAGAUCUGUAUGAUGAUGUUAUAUCUGCACCGUCUGGUCUAAAUAGUAGUGAUAAUGUGGAUUCUAACCACCAACCGGCUACAGCUGCAAACGAAGAGGCGGGUGGAAAUUUUCCUCAAACUACGGCUUCUUCAAAUAGUUCUGGAAGAAGACAUCAAUUGUAUGUAGGAAAUUUAACGUGGUGGACCACUGACCAGGAUAUAGCAAAUGCUGUACAGGAUAUUGGAGUGAAGGACUUCCAUGAGGUUAAAUUUUUUGAACACAGAGCAAAUGGUCAAUCAAAGGGAUUUUGUGUUGUAUCAUUAGGCUCUGAAGCAAGCAUGAGACUAUGCCUGGAACUCCUACCGAAGAAAGAAAUAAAUGGACAAAAUCCUGUUGUCACCCCUCCCACCAAACAAGCCCUGAGUAACUUUGAAAGUCAGUCUAAAACUCGACCUAAUCCUACUAAUAAUUCCAAUUCUCGUCCCCCUCAUCCUAGCCAUCCUAAUAGUAAUGUUCAUUCAGGUCCAAUGCAAAAUUACGGUGGUAGGAUGCCUAUGAAUGCGUCUAUGCGACCUAUGCCUCCAGGUAUGCAAGGUGGACCACGAAUGCAAGGACCUCCAGGUUUUAAUGGACCCCCAAACAUGAAUCAGCAGCCACCGAGAUUCCAGGGUAAUCAUCCCCAGUGGAACGGACCAAGGCCUAAUGGACCUGGGCCUAAUAUGGGAAUGAGACCUAUUGGACCUCCGCCUGGCCCACAGGGACCACCAAGACCUCCAAUGCAAUUCCAAGGACCACCCCAACAGGGUCCACCACGAGGCAUGCCUGCUCAGGGCCCACCUCCUAUGCGACCAGACUGGAACAGACCUCCAAUGCAGCAAGGCUAUCCACAGGGUCCACCUCACAUGCAGGGUCCUAACAUGGGUCCUAGAGGCCCGCCACCAAUGGGUCCCCCUGGAGGUCCUCCUCAAGGACCUCCUCAAGGUCCAGCACCACAUGUCAAUCCUGCAUUCUUCCAACAGGGAGGAGGCCCGCCACCACCGAUACAACACCUGCCUGGACCUGGGCCCGUCAUGCCACCACAAGGACCACCUCAGGGUGUCCCACACGGACCGCCCCACGGUCCACCGCACGGCCCUCCUAUGGGCCCCGCCAGCGUGGCGCCUCACGGUCCUCCGCACGGAUACGGCCCACCCGCCCCAAUGCAGCAACCACCAUAUGGAGGUCCUCCACCAGACCACCGUUCUGACAUGCCCGCCUUGAGCGAACAAGAAUUCGAGGAUAUUAUGUCCCGAAACAGAACUGUGUCUUCUUCUGCAAUAGGAAGGGCAGUAUCUGACGCAGCAGCAGGUGAAUAUGCCAGUGCUAUUGAGACUCUAGUCACGGCUAUAUCCCUAAUCAAACAAUCAAAGGUCGCAAACGAUGACCGCUGCAAGAUUCUCAUCAGCUCUCUCCAAGAUACUCUGAGAGGCGUCGAAGAUAAGAGCUAUAGCUCUGCUCGAAGGGACAGAUCAAGAUCAAGAGAUCGGUCACACAGGAGAGCUAGACGUGAGAGAUCCUCAUCUAGAUACAGGGACAGAAGUAGAGACAGGGAACGUGAAAGGGAUAGGGACAGAGAUAGAGAAAGAGACAGGUACUAUGCCGAUAGGUAUAGCGAGAGAGAUAGAGAAAGAGAAAGGUCUAGAAGCAGGGAGAGACCGGAGCGUGAGCGAGAGAGAGAUUACAGAGAAAGAGAGCCUGAGGAAACAUCUCGCGUAUCAAGAUCAAGAAAUAAAUCACCAGUAGAUCCAGUCGAUGCAGGAGGUGAUGUGCCGGCCAAAUCGUCAAGGUACUAUGAAGAUCGGUAUCGUGAAAGGGAAAGAGAAUCUGGACGAAGAGAGAGUGAUCGCGAUAGGGAACGCGACAGAAGAGGUGAAGAUAGUCAUCGAUCACGUCAUUAGUAUACCAUUUUUUUAAAUUUCUGUCACAUUCUAUAAUGAAGGUUUAAUUAAUAUCUAAAAUGUAGGUAGUAAUGCAAUGAAAAACAUAAUUUCUUUUAAUUAUGUGUGUAGUAGCAAAAGGUUAGGUUUCUAAAUAUAUGUUUACUUUUGAUUGUGUUUGAAAAAGUAAAAUAAGGUUUUCUUAAAGUGAUAAGAUAAAUGUUUUUUAGAGUUGAAAUGAAUGAUAUAAUGGAAAUCACCAUCCG